UUUGCAAACGAAGUUUCUCUACCCGUGCAUUUGAAAAUGCAUGAAACGGGCCAAUUCAAAUGUAGAUACUGUUCUGAUAUAUUUGAAUUUGAACGUAAUAGAACAAAUCAUGAAUAUAAAUUUCAUAAUACUGCGAGAGAAAGAACGUGCAAGAUUUGUAAUGAAGUAUUUAAAAAUAAGUACAGAAAUAAAAUUCAUAAUAUGAAAGUGCAUGGCGCAAAAUCGAAAGCCACUUUAGUUCCUUGUGGUGCAUGUGGUAAAGAGUAUAAUAGUUCCUGGGGAUUAAAGAAACAUAUUAGACGAGAGCACCUAAUGGAGCGAAACUACAAGUGUGAACUUUGCGACAAAAAGUUUGCUCUUAAAGGUGGUCUUAAAAAGCAUAUGCUCGUUCAUUCCGAUGUGAAAAGCUUCGCCUGUGGAGAUUGUGAUAAGCGAUUCAAAACUAAAUGUGCCAUGCAAGUGCAUAGACGAUCCCAUACAAACGAGAAACCUUUCAAGUGCGAUAUCUGUGGACAGGGGUUUACUCAGAAGAUUGGCAUAAAAAGUCACAAGUGGUCGAAACAUAAAACAAGAUAGAUGUUUUUUAAAUAGCAAACUAACGUGAAACUCCGACACAUUAACUGAACUUACGUUUUUAAGUCGAAUUUUUGCUCGUGGUCUUUAAUCACGA